GCCGGUCCUCUCUCUCCGGUCCUCGCUUGUGGCGCAAACACAAUGGAACACUGCUCAAUUUGUCUCGAGGGGCUGGACAACGGCGUGGCAUUGGCCUGCGGCCACCGCUUUCACGCCGCCUGCCUCGCGCAGAUGGCCAGCGCCGUCGGCACCGCCGCGACGCGACGCGGCGCGCUCACGGCGUGUCCGAACUGCCGCGCGGUCUCGCGCGUGGCUCUAGUAUCGACGCCUGUCGCGGCGUUUUCCGUCGGCGACCGCGUCAGCGCAUUGUGGGGCGACCGCUGGUACCCGGGCGUCGUCGACGGCGUGAUCGACGGCGGCGGCUACGAAAUUAGGUGGGACGACGGGGACGAAGGAGACGUUCUCGCUGCGCACGUCCGGGCCGAGGCGCCGGGGCCGGCGCGACCUCCGCCGCGG